GAAUCGGCCCUAACCUCGAGCCGUAUACUUGUAACUUUCGCACUUCGCAGCGCACCUCGUUCGGGAAACCGAGAAAAGAGAGAUCAGCGGCCGUCCAUCUGGGGCUACAGCAGCAGCAGCAGCAGCAGCACGUCCAGUUCGCGCCCGUGUGUGUGCCGGCCGUGCCCCCGUAUACCUAUAUAGCAAUAUACACCUCGGCGGAUGGGGUUUUCGGUUUCGCGCAUCAGUUACACCGCCUUCCAACGCACGGUAUACACUACUGUUGUUCUAGAGUGUAGAAUAUUGGAGCGGAGAGGAUUUCGUGCAGACCGCAGCAUCUCGUCGAGCUUGGAAACUUCAAGAAGCAAACGCCGCCGUUCGCCGCGCGUGCACAACGUAUACAGGCACCUGUUUUCAGCUCUUCGCGAAGUUUCGCCGUCGUUGACAAUUGGAAUUUCCCGAUACGAUGCAGCCCGUGAAGAAGCUGACGACCGAGCCUGGCCCGUGAGAGGUCAUGUGUGAUGUUUACUGAGUCGAUGCUGAGCUGCUUUUGGUGGUGUGUGUGUCUCAAGUAUACUGCAGUAACACUUGACGCGAGUAGCCGCCGACAACGACGCUGAAGCUCGAAUCGCAGGAGAGAUGGGUUUCGAUGUCAAUCGAUUCCAAGGUUCCGUCGAUGAAGAACUAAUCUGUCCGAUAUGCUCCGGUGUUUUGCAGGAUCCUGUACAGGCACCAGACUGUGAACACGCGUUCUGUAGACUCUGCAUGAACGAGUGGGUCAACAGGCAGCCCACUUGUCCUCUGGAUCGAAUUCCAAUCACAGCCGCACAAUUAUUGCCCGCUCCCAGAAUACUGAGGAAUCUCCUGUCUCGACUGAGAAUAAAGUGUGACAACUUUGUGCACGGCUGUCAGCAGGAUGUCAAGCUAGAUGCACUGAUGGCUCAUCUGGAGGAGUGCGAAUACAAUCCCAAGCGACCGAUAACUUGCGAGCAGGGAUGCAGCCUCAUUAUUCCUAAAGAUGAAAUGAAGAAUCACAACUGUGUCAGGGAACUGAGAAACCUGAUACAAUCCCAGCACCAAAAGUUUACUGACAUGAGAAGGGAGUUGAGUGAGCAGCAGUUUCAACUCAACGAACAGAAGAGAGAGAUACACUUGUUGAAAGACUUCAUGAGAGCCAUGAGGGUAUCCAAUCCUAUAAUGAGAGACAUCGCAGACCAAAUGGAGCGUGAUGAGGUAGCUAGAUGGUCGGCCACAUUGCCAAGGGCUAGAGUUACUAGGUGGGGAGGAAUGAUCUCUACUCCUGAUGAGUUAUUACAGACUAUGAUCAAGAGAACUUUAUCGGAAUACAACUGUCCACCUCACGUAAUCAACGAACUGAUGGAGAACUGUCACGAGCGAAAAUGGCCGGCAGGAUUGAAUUCCCUAGAGACGCGGCAGAACUCGAGGCGACAGUACGAGAACUACGUGUGUAAGAGAGUACCUGGUAAACAGGCCGUUAUUGUCCUGCACUGUGAUAACACCCAUAUGCCUGAAGACAUGACUAUUGAACCCGGACUCGUCAUGAUUUUUGCGCAUGGUAUCGAGUGAAUUUGUACGUAAAAAAAGCAUAAAAUUAUAUUUUUAUAUCGAGGAAGCAAAAAUAAUGAAAGAGAAAAGCACUGACUGUCUGCGUCGCGUACAAUGAAUGCAACAACAGCAUUAAUUGUGUCACAAGCUUGAAAAAAGCACCCCACUUGAAUUGAUUAAUUGACCGUGUUUUUCUACUGCUCUAGUUCGUAUUAACCAAGAAUGCACGUUACAUUCUUUUUUAGAAUUUUUUCAAGUAGCCCUUUUAAGUGAUUACUAUGUGGAAAGCUCUUCUGUUAUAAUUAAUUAAUUUUAGUGUAAUGAAAAAUGUGAUAAUUAUUUUAUAAAAAACCAGUGAUCCACUAUCGUGAUGCAUAAAAUCCAAAAAACAAAACACAUGUUUCAUAUAUUUAACCAUGUAUGUUGACAAUGACAUAAUAAUAAUAAAAUGUUGAAGUUCCAAAAAAACGUAUUUUAUAUCAAUAGACCAGUCGAUUUCUAUGGUUACUUUAUUGAGAUAUUUAGAGACACGAUUUCUGUGCCGGUUGCCGUUUCACUUGAGAGUCGCAAAAAUUUAGCGCUUUGUAUUAAUAAAUGAAUGCUAUACGUUAGAUCGUUGAACUAUACAUAACAACAAGAGUAUAAUCAGAAUGCUGUUUUCUUAUAUGAAUGAAUGAAUCACUCAGUCUUUGAAUCUGUUCAAAUGUUGUCAUUAUAUAAAUAAACUAGAAUAUGUUUUGUACAUAAAUAAACGAACGAACACGUUAACAAAA